AUGGCUGCAAUGGGCUCUUAUGGCAAGCCGGACGAAGAAGGUCCUGAAAGCUCUUUUUCUACGAAGAACCAGGCCCUUGAUCAAGCUUUGAACGAGCAAAAGGAGUUUGAUCACAAGUUACGUCAACGGCUUCGAGAACAAAAGCGCCAAAUCGUUGAGAGUUCCAUGGUAGGAACCGGCCUCGAUGACAUUACUCAAGUCAGAGUAUCACAGGAGAAAGCAGGCACCAAGCACGAUGCCAGACGAUCAAUCGAGGCACAGGAAUCGCGGAGGGUUACUUCUGAGGCAAAUGAGUGUCAGGAUUACCACCGUACACCCCCGAAGCAGAUUACUGACUCAUAA